AUGGUAAAGAAGGCAACUGUUGAGAAGUGGGGGUUUGACGAAAUACAAGUCACCUCGAAUGAUGAUGGCGAGGCAAUUGAAGUCAAGUGUAUUAUUUGCACUGAGUACUAUCAGAGCGACGAAGACGGCAAGAAAGUGUUAAGUAAGUUAACUGGCGUUGUAAAAUCGUUAGUUAAUAAAUGGAUUCAAGGCACGACGACGAUAAAGAAAAACAAUGCUAACGAUCAUCUCAAAGCCCAGUAUCAUGUCAACGCAGUCAGAAAACUGAAGGAAAAGGCAGAGCAGAAAUGUGACGAAGUUGAUAUUAGCGAGGCAGAGAAAUUGGCAGCGGAAAAACAACCCAGCCAGUCAAGUAUCUUAACGAAUGUCAGAAAGCUUAACGUUAUGCAAAGAGAGCAACUGCUUAAGAAAUUUCAACUGGUCCACUUUGUGGCGACUAAAAACCUUUCUUUCCAAAUGUAUGAACAGUUUGUAAAGUUUGAGCGUGACACCCAUAAAGUAGAUGUCGGAAAUGCAUACUUGACAGAUCGAAGCGGGCGAGAAAUGCUGGUGCAUCUUUCAAGAGCUUUAUUACAACGAAAUGUCAUUGAUCCUCUCAACACAGGAGCACGUCUGUACUUCAGUUUGUUGUACGAUGGCUCGUCGUCGGCAAAAACAAAUGAUGAAAAGGAGCUGUAUGUUAUAAAGACCUGUGAUAAAGGGCGACCCUCGUUUGAUGUUCUUUCACUCCAAGAACCUGCCAGUGUUGACACAGUUGGUCUCAAAGUUGCCAUGGACAAGGCUGUCGACGAGGCGAAGUUGACCAUUCCACGAAAACAUCACGAAGUCGGAGUGGGGUCUGACGGCACUUCAGCAAACAAACGGCUGUAUCUUCUGGAAAAGGAAGAUGUUGGUGACCAUCUUGUAUUCAUUUGGUGUUCUUCCCACAAACUAGAUUUGGCUGUCAAAGACGCAUUUAAAAAUGUUAUUCUGGAUUCGGAAGCACAGCGACAACUGGAGAACGAGUAUUAUUUGUUUAAAAAGGCUACUUUGAAGUGGAGACUUUUUAAACGUUACGCUGAAAUUGAAGGGAAAAGAGCUCAUCGGUACAAACGCCCUGUCGGAACGCGCUGGCUGCAUCACCAGCAGAUUGCAAUCGACACCCAUUUGCGAAACCUGAAAACCAUGUUAUCGUUUUCCAAUGAACAGAUUGAACUUCCGUACAAUCAAACAAUGAAGAAAGAGAAGGAGAGGCUCGAAGGUGUCAGACGCGAAGCGUCGAGUAUCAAGCUACUUAUUUACCAAGCUGUGAAACGUGAUGUUAUUGCCUAUCUCGUGCCCUGUUCAUUAACGCUGGAAAAAAUUGACUUGAUUAUGCCCGAAGCAAUAACAGCCAUCGAAACAGCGCAGAAGACAGUCGAAAAGCUCCACAAGAAAGUUGAAGAACUCGGCGAUCAAGCAUUUCUUGCUGAAGAUCUUCUCCCUACUUUGAAUAAAGAAAUUCACCCUGAGCUGCAGGAGAACCAAGAAGCACCCGUGCCUAGACAAACCAGAACGCGUGGCCAAGAACCGGAUGCCGAUACACCAAUAACUUUCGGUUUGUACACAAUGCAUGGCGACGUCUCCCGUGCCAUGGUUCAAGUUGCAAACUGCAUUGAAAGGACAUUAGCAUCGCUAUCGAUGUACCUCGAAGACCGGAUGAACAAUAUCACAACCAAUCCUCUAUACACGGCCGCUGCAACUUUACUGGACACGAAGUCCUACUCUUUGAAGCUGGAAGUGGACGUUAAAACUGCUGCACAUACCUUGGAAGAGCACUUCGAGGGGGUUUUGUCUGCCAAUGGCUUCGAUGGGCGGCGUCUAGGUAUUGUAUCAUGUACAGCUAGUUUAAAUAAUUAAUUGUGCUUUUAUAUAAUAUAUAUAUAUAUAUAUAUAUAUAUAUAUAUAUAUAUAUAUAUAUAUAUAUACCAUUCUUUGAUUUCAUUGUUUCAUGUUUAAUUGGAUCGGGUUUUUUUAGACAUUGAGAUUGAAACUUGUUUCUCUCACGUAACAAGAUUCUUAUCAUCAACCACUCCAAUGAAAGCAUGGGAGAGUCUGUUUGGUCUUAAACAGAAGCUCCGAAUUGGCAACAUCCUCCAGAUAGUUGAGAGAUUUGCAUUGUUCUUCCCAUGUCCAACGCAGAGGUAAAUAAAUUAAAUAUUAUAUGCAUCAUUUCGGUCCCCCGCAUCUGAUCAUGGUAUUCUAAAGGUUAAAUCUAUGUUUGAAAUAUGUUUCCUAUUCAAAUGUUAACGUGGUUUACAAACGUGAAAAUAUUAAUUCUUAAUCCUGACCUUUUCAGGUGGAAAGAGUUUUCUCAUCCUUUGCAAGAAUGGUGCGCAAUGAUCGAAAAAGCCUGAAUAACCAGUCAAUGGAAGCAGUGCUUCGAGUUCGUAACCGCAAAGUCAUCACAACAUGCGACUUUGAAAACGCGAUGGAAUUGUUUCUAACCGAAUUUCCUAAUGGUGAAAUAAGAUCAAGUAAACGUCGUCUUGAUGGAUAUAUGUCAACUCACCCCAGAAAGAAACGCACUCCAAGAGAUAAAAGAAAAGGUCUUGAUCUCAACCUUUCCUCAUCAAACUCAGAAGCGGAUUCUGAUUCCAGUCAGGGCAACAAUAAAAUUCGGGUACAGCCAGGUGAAGAUCUUGACCAUGGUUAUGGAGAAGUUGAGGUUUCAUCGGACGAUUGUUCAUCAUCAGACAAUGACCUUGACUAUUAA